AUGGAUUUCAAGUGGUUGGACUUGUUUGAAAAGCUGAAACUGAACGCGGACGACUUUCGAGCAUGGUUACGGAGCCAAGGACUACAAGCAGUUCCAGGGUGCUCGAUAUGCUCUGGAUCCAUGAACAUUUUACCUCAAGACGAUGUAUGGAUCUGCCAUAAACGCGCUUGUAGGAAGAAUGAAGAAACGAAGCCAUACUUGUCUGUUCGACAAGGAGGCUCUUUUGCAAACUCCAAACUUCCGGAGUCUACCAUCUUUGCAACUGCCUACGUUUGGCUGAAAUUGGAUCCUUCCGAAAAAGUCAUUCUAGCUUGGCGUGACUGCGAAGAUGCCAACCUAAUGGGAGCGUCGUUUGAGGAGCAUCUGCUCUCGGUUCUGUAG